AUGUCGUCACACGAGACGAGCGAUGGCGAAAAUGGGAGACACAGACUAACCCAGCUGCUCUCAGUCAAUCAUUUUCGCAUCAAGCGCCAAGCGCACAACAUCAGCCGCCAAGGCACCGAGGCAUGGAAUCCCUUUCGACACGUAUCGUGGAAGCCCAAGCGCGCCGAGACCUGGAACGGCGGCCAGCUCGAAGCUCAGACCGAGGGCGACGGUGAAGAUCUGACACACGCCGCCACCUCGCCCUACCCGACCAGCGGCGGGAGAGACAUCUCGACCUCUGGAACAGGCCAAGGCACCGAGGACGCUGCUGCCAAGCAGGCGAGCGAAGACAGCCACGACAUUCCGCUCAUCGACCGGAAUCUGCUGCGCAAUCGCAAGGGAGAACAGGAUGGCACGACCGAACAGAUGCGCGUCGACGAGCCUGAAACCAGCAAGACCAAGAAGCCUCAAAAGGAGGGUGGCUUCAUCCGCCAUGUCUACCCCAAGGAGCCCUUUACCGUGGCCAACCAGAUCCAGCGGACGCUGCUCAGCUCCUAUAUCAACCUGCUGCUUAUCGCGGCUCCGGUUGGUAUCGCGAUAAACUACAUCCCUGCCGUCGACCGCAAAGCAGUCUUUGUCGUCAACUUCCUGGCCAUCGUCCCACUCGCCUCCAUCCUGGGCUUCGCAACCGAAGAAAUCGCCCUGCGAACCGGCGAGACUCUCGGAGGUCUUCUCAACGCCACCUUUGGUAAUGCCGUCGAACUCAUCGUGGCCAUUCUUGCCCUCGUCGACGGCAAGGUCGCCAUCGUCCAGACCUCUCUUAUCGGCUCCAUCCUCUCCAACUUGUUGCUUGUCAUGGGAUUCUGCUUCUUCUUUGGCGGCCUGGGUCGCCCCGAGCAGAACUUCAACAAGACCGUGGCUCAGACGGCCGCCUCCAUGCUGGCCCUGGCUGCGGCCUCGGUCAUUGUCCCUACCGUCUUCGACGCUGCCGCCAACACGCCCACCGACAAGGUCGCCAAGCUGUCUCGCGGCACGGCCGUCAUCCUGCUUGUCGUCUAUGGCGCCUAUCUGUUCUUCCAGCUCCACACCCACCAGGAGGUGUUUGCGACCCCCAGCGAAAAGGUAGAGCGCAAGCCGUUCCGUAGCACUUCCAAGGCGAACAUCAAAUCAGGCCUGGCAUCCAGCGCUCAGGUUGGCAGCAUCAUGAUCGACACCGACAACGGGCGACACAUGGCCAACAUUUCCGAGAACAAGGUGGAAGAGGAGGAAGAGGAGGAGGAGCCCCAGUUGCACUUUUGGGUGGCCAUUGCUACCCUUGCUAUCUCCACCGCCAUCAUUGCCCUUUGCGCCGAGUACAUGGUCGAUUCCAUCGAUGCCAUCACCCAGAACGGCGCUCUAUCCGAGGAGUUUGUCGGUCUUAUUCUGCUUCCCAUUGUCGGCAAUGCCGCUGAGCACGUCACUGCCGUCACCGUCGCCGUAAAGGACAAGAUGGAUCUGGCCAUUGGUGUUGCCGUUGGAUCUAGUAUGCAAGUCGCCCUGUUCCUCAUCCCCGUGCUGGUCGUUAUCGGCUGGGGCAUGGGCAACGACGAGAUGAACCUGAGCUUCGACACCUUCCAGGUCGCCGUCAUGUUUGUCGCCGUGCUGCUUGUCAACUACCUCAUUGGCGAUGGAAAGAGCCACUGGUUAGAGGGCUGGCUUUUGAUGUGUUUGUACGCAAUCAUUGCAGUCUGCGCGUUCUUUUAUCCCGACCAAGACACCGGAGCAGAGUCCGGUUAA